CAAAUCUCUCCCAUCUUUGGUGAAAUAACUAAAUUGGCUCAUGAACUUGUCACUCUUUAUGAUACUGCAAUUCACAAUAAACGUAUUUGUUGUGUCUUAUAUGAUCAAGUUCAAGUUGUUGAAGCUUCUGUGAAAAAAUUAAAAAUUACUAGAAUUUUUACAAGCAAAAAGUUAACAAGUCAAUUUGACGAUUGUAUGAUAUCCCUGAAUUUUGUCAUUAUCGUUGAUACAAAAUUGCAAAUAGAACAAAUAGAAGCCGAUCUUAAGCAAAAUUUUGUG